AUGAAAGAAGAUGAAUCUCUUCAACUCUUUUCUAACAAAGCAUUCGACAAAAAUCACCCUGAAGAUGAUUAUUUGGAGCUGUCAAAAUUUGUGGUUGAAUACACAGGAGGUCUUCCCUUGGCACUUGAUAUUUUGGGUACUUUUCUUUAUAGAAGAAGUAUGGCCGAGUGGACAGAUGCUUUGGAUAGGUUGAAGCAAAAUCCAGAUGAUAAAAUUCUUCAGGUGCUUGAAAUAAGUUAUGAUGGGUUAAAUGAGGAAGAAAAGACAGUAUUUCUAGAUAUUGCUUGUUUUUUCAGAGGAUGGAAGAAAGAUGAAGUAACCCAAAUUUUGGAAAGUUGUGAUCUUCACCCAACAAUAGGAAUAAAAGUUUUGAUUGAAAAAACUUUACUUGUUGAAAUGGAAGAUCAUCUUGGAGGCUGCAUUUUAGAGAUGCAUGAUUUACUUCAACAAUUGGGUAGGCAUAUUAUUGGUCGAGAAUCUAACAAUGUUCACGAGCGUAGCAGGUUGUGGUUGUCAGAGGACAUCGAGCAAGGAUCACAAGAAAUAAAAGCUAUUGUUCCGGUUGGAACUCAAUAUCCAGUUGAAGUACAUAAAGAAGCCUUUUCAAAAGAUCUCCCGCUUGAAACUCCAUCAUUGGAUAAACUAGUUGCUAUUAAAAUGACUCAUAGCAAAAUAAAGCGACUUUGGAAUGGAGUACUGUCUAUGAAAAAGUUGAAGCAUAUUGAUCUAUCCCAUUCUCGUGAUUUGAAUGAAACACCAGACUUCUCAGGAGCUCCAAAUUUAGAAUAUUUAAUCCUUGUUAGGUGCUCAUCCCUUGUAAGGGUUCAUCCCUCACUUGGAGAGUUAAAAAAGCUUGUUCGUGUGAACUUGAGUGAUUGCUAUCGUCUACAAUAUCUACCAAGAAAGCUGAAAGCAGAAUCUUUGAUAGAGUUAAAUCUUAGUUGGUGCUUUGAAGUUGCAGUGCUCCCAGAGUUUGGGAAAGGAAUGAAAAGUUUAUCCUUGCUUGAUGCAAGCAGUGCUUCUGUAACUAGACUUCCUGAAUCAUUUAGACACCUAACUGGUCUUAAAGAGUUGAAUUUGAGUCAUUGCAACUUUCGUGAUGAAUCAAUCUUUGAUCAUUUUGGAAAUUUAUCAUCACUAGUUAUAUUGGAUUUAGGAGGAAACAGUGCUUUUGUUUAA